AUGCAUUCCACACUGGUCCGAGCUCAGAACGUCUUUGGCUUUUUCACCACUGUGGCCUUCUUCGUCGCGGGUCUGGUUUCCCUGACCUCGCUGCUGUACCCUGCGAAUGUGAGCGUGGAUGUCAUUAGGGCGAACAGCGUCAAGAUGUACUGUAUUUCUUCAUUCAUUUCCUUCUCUAGGGCGGCGGGACUUUGUGUUGGUGGUUGGUGAUAUUGGGUGCUGAUGGGGUGGACUCGGAGGAUACAGUGCUAAAGGAAGGGCGCAUCAAUACUACGCGACGAAAGUACAGGAGUAUGCGGUUUUGAAUUUCGAUUUGGAGGCUGGUUAGUUCACCUAUCUGCCCCCCCGCCCCACUUUCGGGGUAGUGAACUGAUUGUGGUGAUAACGGCCAGAUCUCUCCUCCCUCUUCAACUGGAAUACAAAGCAAGUGUUCGCAUAUGUGUCUGCGACGUAUCCGGGGUCCAAAUACGUUUGUUCACUCCCUUCCUCUCCGUCGGUGCUCUCCUUUUGACUGGUCUAGACCGAUAACGAAGUCGUAAUCUGGGACACCAUCCUCCCAUCCCGCUCCGCUUCAAAACUGAUCUUGAAGAAUGAGCGGGCAAAGUACAGCAUCAAUGAUAUCACCGGGAAGUUCGCUGGCCGCGAUGACGUUACUCUCUCGUUUCAUUGGAAUGUGCAGCCGCAUGUGGGCAGGCUGACGUGGGGGGUUGUGGGGCUCACGGAGGGGGUCAAGUUUCCGGAGGUGGAGAAGGCGGGGAAGAAGUCAGCUGCGAAGUAAAGGAUUGGUGAGAGAGGGAGGGGGGGUUGUAUGAUAGAAUGGAGAGGGGGUUAGGUUACUGUACGUUAUGAUAGAGGGCUAUGACACGAUGCUGCUGGCUCGCUCUAGGCGUGAUAGGAUUCUAGCAGGUUCGGAAAAUGGAUCUACGGAAUGGUGAAGUUUGAUGCACCGUACAGCAUUGUAAUAGGCUGCGGGACUGUAUCCGAGCGUUCAACGAGGGCUAGUCACGAGAAUUGUGAAACAACCGAACAAAACUAUCGCAAUCAUGAACUAUCACUUGCCUCCCCACACCACCGAAACUGUUGGAAAUUGUAGUUGAUCGAACGGCGAUGUCAAUGAUUGCUACAAAGGUUUUACGGAACCGGAGGAGGACAGUGAGAAGGAGAGAACAGGAUUGGCCUUAUCCGCUAAGAGCCGAGUAAAGUGAAAGAGAUAGAGAGAGGAGGGAUAUGAAUUGAUGGUGAGGGAAGAAGCGGAUCAAUCUUCAUGAGAAUUGUUGGGAAGGAAGGAGAGACACAAAGGGAAGGAAAGUAAACAUAAUGUGCAAACAUGUGUGCCAGGUAUCAGUGGUACAGAAGUAGUUGAGUAUACUCGUGAAUGCUCCCAGCCCCCAUACGUAACCGUU